AUGGUGAUCUCAGGUAUGCGUUGGGGAGACGAAGAGGACGAUCUACUGCCACAACGCGUAGAGAGCGAGCCGGACUCGAAUGGUAUCCGACAGAUUGUGGAAUGGAAGUUGAAUGAAGCCGGUGAUAAGGUAAAGGUGACGAAGAAGGUCAAGAAAGUUACAGAGGUUGAGCGCAUUAGCAAGCGCGCACUGGAGCGGAAAAAAUGGCGAAAGUUUGGGGAUGCGUUAGAUGGCGGCGAUGGAAGUAACGUGACGUACAGAUCGUACGAAGAGGUGACGCUGGAAGACCCAAACGCUGACCAGGUGCUGCCCGGCGAGAAGAAAGAGGAAGAGAAUAUUUUUGCUGGCGUAAAGAACUCGUCCAUUGUUGUGUGCCGUCAUUGUGGCAUGGUGGGUGACCACUGGACGCUUAAGUGUCCGUACAAAGACACGCCGAAGGAGGAACUAGAGCAAGACAUGGCCAAGCGUGCCGAGGCCGGAGAAUCAGUGGCCUCCGCUGCUGCGUCAGCCGAGCCCGCAUCUCGUGGCUCUGCUUUGGACGGAGCGUUCGGCUCUAGCAAGUACGUGCCACCUAGUCUGCGUGGACGUGUAGGUGACACUGGAGGCGACGCUGGUGGCGACAAUGCUCGUGACGACAGCGCUACGCUGCGUGUAACCAACGUGUCACCUGACACUCGUGAAGAUGAUCUAAAAGAGCUGUUCCGUGCCUUUGGACCUGUAUCACGUGUGUAUUUGGCUAAGGAUCGCGAGACGUUCCAGUCGCGUGGCUUUGCGUUUGUUAGCUUCAUGUACCGCGAGGACGCAGAGAAGGCGCUAAACAAGUUGCAGGGAUACGGUUACGAUCACUUGAUUCUCAAGCUGGAGUGGGCCAAGCCUUCCAACAGGCCUGCGACGGAAGAUGCUGGUAGCAUGGGUACAACCUUUCGUUCUGGUUACGGUAAAGCUUUGCCGCAGAAUAUGGCGCCGCCUUUGCGCAAGUAA